AUGGAUUUCCUCAAGACCGCUCUCGACACCGCGUCCAAGAACAACAAGAAGGAUGAGCAGAAGCCGAGUGGAAGCGGUCUCCAGACUGGAAACCCCCUCGCCGAUGGGCUUCUUGGAAAACUGAAUGGCGCUUUGGGUGGUGGACCCGAGGCUGAGAAGAAAGAGGAUAUGCUCGACAAAGCCAUCGAUCUCUUCCAAGAGCAUGUUCUCAAGGAGGGCCCACAGAACAACGAGAGCGCCAUUGAGCAGGCGAAGGACAAGAUGAUCGCUGACACCAUCCGUUCUCAGUUCAAGAGCGUCACCGGGAAAGAGUUCCCCAUCAAGCCCAAGCAGUAG